AUGGCUUAUCGUUGCAACGUCUGUGUCAGUUUUAUUGCUCUUACUCUGUCUCUAUUUCUUAAUCAUCUACAUCGAUACCAUUUAAGCGAUCCAAGCUUCCACGUUCUUUGUGGAAUUAAUGGCUGUGCGAAAACCUACAAGAAAUGCAUAUCUUACAGAAAUCACAUCAUUAGAAAGCACUCAGAUGUAUUGAAAGCUGAGAGAGAAUGUGCUAAUCAAACUAUCAUGGAUGACACAGAUUACGGUACAGAUUGUUGUCCAAGUGAAGAUCUUAUAGACAAUUCGACAGAUAUUGAUGGAAACGACGGUGAAACACACAUGUACGACUUAACUUCUCUGCCUCAGUUUGACUUUCAACGAGAGACUGAAGAAAUCCGUCGUACUGGUGCUCUGCAUUUGUUACGAAUGAAAUACCAAGAUCGAGCAUCGCAAAAAGCCGUCGACUCAUUUGUUGAAAGUACUACCAGCAUCGUAAGGACGAGCAUGGAGAUUCUUAAAGCAGGUCUGAUGAACAGAUUGGACACAGCCGGCAUUGAUUUCAACGCCGUUCCUGGACUCCCAGGACUCUUCAAAGAAGAUAGCCUGGCUAUGAAUCCUUUUUCCGGUAUAAGGAAGGAAAACGAGCAGCACAAGUACUAUAAGGAUAACCUGGGCCUUCUGGUAGGCUUUACUUCAGAAUGUUGAAAAAUAUGUAGCUUUUCCAUCUUAACCACAGGGCACCCAACGAGGAUAUAGUUCAAAACCACUUAACAUAGCAUUGUUGAACGUAUUUUAGUAUUUAAACGGUAGAUAUAGGCAUAUUUUUAUCCCCUAAAAAGUUUUCAUCUGUUCGGAUUUCCUAGCUGAAAGUCUAUUGAUCCGAAAAUUAUAGGGAUCAAAACUUACCUUUUCGAAAAUUUCAGCCAGGAAAAGGUUCCUGAAGGUGGCCUUUUUUAGGGUAAAUAUCCGUUUAAAAUGGGUAAUUAUACCAUUUUGUAGAUGUUCGAAAAUCCUAGGAGAGGCAGGCAAGCAAGAAAUUUUGCAACAAAUGUUCCGAAAAUUCUAGUUCUCAAAUCGUCUUCCGAACAGAUAUUUUCCCGAAAAUUGCCGUUGGGUGCCCCUGUUAACCCCACAGAAAAAAAAAGAAGAAAGAAAGAAAAACAGACAGAUUAAUCUAUUAAACAAUUAUUGAAUGAGGCUGAGUAACAUAUGAAGAAUUAAGGAGAUCAAGGAGGGUGUUAUCUGCCAAGGCAAUAGCUUUAGCAUUUACAUUUUUUAUCACACAGGAGCCAAGAAAACUUGUACUGGGGCAGUACCACAAAAAGGUGCGCAGAGGGAACAAAAUAAAAGAUAUGUUAAAAACAGAUGAUGCUUACUACAUCCCACUGUUGGAAAGCUUGGAACAACUGCUAAAUGAUGAUUCAAUACUAGAAGAGGUACACACCUUUAUAAGACACUCACUAUACUAUAAUAAAGACAGUUAAGAGUUGUCACUGUCUGAAAAUACAAUUUUUAUUUGCUGAUGAUUAGUAUAUGGAAAAGAUUUUGUCAUUACCCUUUUAGAGAGAGCUUGUGUUUAUUAUAGUAGCAACAACAAUGCAUUACUUAUUUUACAUGUGACUUACUUGUCUUAUAGAGAUGGUUAAAAAAUUAACAACUGGUUUUUAAAUGGAAUUUUUAGAUAGACAAUCCUCACCAAAGAGCCGAUGGUCUUCUUAGUGAUUUUUGCGAUGGAGACACAUUUGCCAGACAUCCACUCUUUUCCUCCGACCCCAAAGCCUUGCAGUUGAUUUUGUACUUUGAUGAAUUUGAAGUGUGCAAUCCACUUGGAUCAAGGGCCAAUAAGCACAAAAUUGGUUUGUUUUUAUCAUGUUUUGCUUAUUAUCAUGAUCACACUACUCAAUCAGUCAAAUAAUGAUUUUUGUUGCAAAUUGUUGAGAUUUACCUUAUAUAUAGCAGCAUUACCUGCAUGUGUAACCCAAGUGUUUUCUUUUAGGUAGAGCUAACAAACCUAGGCUGUAUCUAGGAAUAAUUUUAUGGAUCCCUUAUUUCAUCUCAUGUAGCUAGGUCUAACAAUAUUUUGAUCUUGUCUCCCAAAUGCAAUUUAUUAGGAGGCUUUUACUACACAUUAGGAAACAUACGGCCAGAAAAUAGGUCUCAUAUGAAUGCAAUUCAACUACUUGGCCUCGUUACCUCCAAGCACCUAAAAAAAUAUGGAGUGGAAACUCUACUGAAUGCAUUUAUGGAGGAUUUAGCUAAACUAGAGCAGGUAAGUUUGAUAAUUAUAGAAAGAAAAGAUACUUAAUUAUUUAACGGAUGCUGUUCUCCCACAUUACAAGAGUGAUAAUAAUAAUAAAGUACAUGUAUUUCAUUAUCAUUGUUGGUUCCUCUGUCAUUGAUAGUGGUUGGCAAGGAUUGUGAUUUUAAAAACAAAUAUUGUUUUUGUACAUGUGUAGGAUGCAGGUCACCAGUUUCUAAUUGAUGGAGUGCCCAGGUCAUUUCAAGGGACAAUUGCUUUUUUCUGUGGGGAUAACCUUGGGUCUCAGUUUGUAGGUGGAUUUAAGGAAGGAUCACAGGCACAUAGACCUUGUAGGGAGUGUAUGGGUAACAAGGACCAGAUCAAGAGUCAUGUAAGUUAGACACUUUUUGCUGUUGUUGUUGCAAAGUCUAAAGCUUAAACCUAGAUCACAUGAAAUAUGUCCUUGUAACUUUUUUUAAAUGACCAAAGUGUAGGAAAGGGGGGGGGCUAAAGCUGGUCAUUGGAACUUUUGGGGCUAUGCUUUAAGAACAUUUGAAUAUAUAUUUGAACUUUAUACUAACCUAAUGAAUUUCUUCAAGAGGAGUGGGGGUUGAUUUAUUAUGGUCCAUUCUGAUGCACUGGUUUAAUACCACACAAAAAAGGUGUGGUCCAGCUAAUGUUACAGCAAUCAAUUGUCAGCAGUUCUUGGGAGUCUGUUGUGGCUACAUGUAGAACAACCAGGUCUUUAAAGGUCCUCUUACAUUUUUGGUCUUGUCAUAAUAUUUUUUGUUACUUGCAGUUUCAUGAAAGGGAUUUUACUUUAAGAACCCGUGACAGUCACAACAUGCAGUGUAACCGGCUUGCUGAUAACCCACACUAUUCAAAGACAUAUGGUAUUAAUUCAAAUUCAGUGCUGAACAAGUCCAGGUUUUAUCAUGUGGUGGGAGGUAUGCCGCCAGAUGCCAUGCAUGACAUAUUGGAGGGAGUCCUUCAUUACAGUGUCAAAGAAACAUUAAAAACACUGAUUUUGGAUAAGAACUACAUCACACUUGAUGAGCUCAACAAAAGGAUCACUUCAUUUGACUAUGGUUACCACAAUGACUCUAACAAGCCAGCAGAAAUACAGAGAAGUCGCCUUUUGUCAGACGACCACUCUCUAAAACAACAUGGUAAAUAAAUAUAUAUCGCGUUAAGAGAUAGUAUCUAGGUAACAGAUGGAUUGUGUCUUAGUUACGUUACUCUAGCGAGUUCAUGCCCCACAGAAACAGAUAUGUACUUCAGAACUCUAGAGUAAGGUAACUAAGACACAAUCCAUCUGUUACCUAGAUACUAUCUCUUAACACAUAUAUUUACUGCCAGCUUUUAAUUUUAAUGGUCAAUCAUUGAAGUUGCCUGAUGAGUGUGGUCCUACAAUUAUUUCGGACCAUAUGAAUCAGCACUGUCGCAAUAAACGAUCAAUGGUUACUCCUGAAGCCUGAACUCCUGUGAUUAUUAAUAUAUACAAAUACCUGUAAGCUAAUAAUUCUAUUAACUUACUACUCCCCCCCCCCUUUUUUUCUGAGCCCAUAUUAAUAGUCAUGUGAGUAUACCUUGGAUCUGAGGCUAUUGAUUUUCAUGUUUAAUUGUAGUGGAUGACAGAAAUAUAGAUCUGUCCGGUUUUGUUCAGCACUUAUCUAAGGAUGGGGACUUCCACUAACUUUGUAUUGGAUUUUUGUCUUAAAAAUAAUUGGUUAUUUUCAAAAUAAUUAUUUUUUUCUCUCAUUACAUUCAAUUUGUUUCUCAUUCUUUUUUUUUUGUUUAUCAAGCAAACCAAAUGUGGUGUCUCGCAAGAAACCUUCCUUUGCUGAUUGGUGGACUCAUUCCUGAUGAUGAUGACCACUGGAGUCUUUUCUGUAAUUUCCUAGAGAUUGUCCGAAUUAUCUUCGCCCCCACAGUUAGUCGGAACCAGAUCGCUUACUUACAAGUUCUUAUACAAAAUCACCAUGAAACUUUUAAAGAAUUGUAUCCAGAUUGCCCCAUAACGCCCAAGAUGCACUACAUGAUACACAUGCCAAGAACAAUGUUAAGGUAAAUUUAAUAAUUUGUAUGAUUUGGAAAGAAUUGUACUAACCUUCUUCUUUCAAACUUUCCCUUUUGCAUUUAAGUGCUCUUUGAGUGAGUAAAUAAAUAACUUUAAUAUGAGAGUUUAAUGGACUGCAAGAAUGUCCUUUCUUCCUCAAAAUUCCUUUUUCAAGAUGCAAAUUAGCAGUUGUGUGGCAUCAGAGCCUCAAAUGCAAGAGAAGACAAUUUUCCUAAAAUUUUGACAGAUCUUUUUAUCUUCUUUCAGCAUGGGACCUCUUGUAAUGGCUGGUGUAUGCGGUUUGAAGCCAAGCAUCAUGAAUUUAAGCGUCUCGCUGCACAUCUGGGAAAUUACACAAACUUACCCUACUCUUUAGCAAAACGUCAUCAAGAAGGCUUUUUGCUACAGACUGCAAACCACAGAGGGUAGCCUCUCUUCAUUUAUCGUCAAAGGCAUUGAAACUGGACCAGGUAACAAGAAUGUAUAUCUUGUUUAGUGACUUAAAAUUUUGUAUUGAAUCCCCUCACUUUCUGUUCAAGAAGGGCCCCAACGUAGAAUUUAACCACUUUUAGUUGGAAGCAAACAGGGUCAAACCAUUGCAUGAUUUUGUUAAGAGAUGACAACAAUAUUUUAGCAAACUUAUUUAACCAUAUGCCUCGGAUAUAGGUGCUGAACUUCACAAGAGCCAACUGAAUAAAGCUCAAGAAUCUGUUCUAAUGAGACAGUGCAAUAUUUUAUGUAAAAUGUUACAUGGAUUUAGCUUGAUCUUAUAUCAAUUGUUUGUUAUGUAAUUUAACAUUUUAGGCCAUCACUGCCAUGCAGGAGAUGUAGACUACCAAGGCAUCCUUAUGAGAGAUGAUCCAGCAGUUACAAAUGACACACCAUUAACAGA